AUGGACGUUGAAUCUUCACUUAACUCUACCGAACUUAAAAAUGAUUCAACGAAAGAAGACCCUCCCACCGAUACUACCGCAACUUCUUCCUCGGGAUACUCCAUAAACCCCUUACAAGUUCAAAUUUCUGAACCGCAAACUGAGCAUCUUAAUUCUCUCGA